GGAGCGAGGCUAAAAGUUGACGUAUUUCGAAUUGGAGUUGUCCGACUUGUGAGAGGGUGUUGUUAUGACCUUCCUGGUCAGAGUUUUUCUUUUUUAGUGAGAUGUCUGCUUUCAGAAAUACUGAUGUUAAUCCAUGCUUGGAGGAAAGUGCUGCCUCUACAAAGUGCAUGAAUGUGAAUAACUACCAAAAAGAAAUGUGCACUUCUUACUUUAUCAGAUACAAACAAUGCAGAAAGUUUUGGCACACAAUCAUGUUAAAUCGAAGAAGAGAUGGUGUGAGUCCUGCCAUGCCAACAGCAGAAGAAAGAAAGCAGAUAUUGGCUUCACUUGGGUCCGUGCCAUAUUAAGAAAGAGCAAUACUUGUGAUCAUGGUUUUAGGUUUUAUUUCAUUCUACAUUU